CAAAUAUAAACCAUAAUAAGUCUGUACUAGAAGUAUGUUUAAUAAUUUUUACUUUAUUUAAACAAAUAACAGCCAAUUGUCGCCAAGUGGCAACACCGGCGCAAGUGAUAUCACAAUAUUCCGGCCAAACGGUCACACAGCUGACGCUUCUUGCAGACCAUUUUUUUGCCAUUUAAAAAAAUCGAACGGUUUCGGCGCGUUGUCCGCUUUGCGCCUGUUUUUCGUGCAUUUUUGGCUGGCGUCGAUGAUCGCUCGUGGACUUUGUUUGUUAAUUGUGUGGAUCUCUUAAUUGUUCCCGUUUAAGUGGUAUCUUGGGCGAUCGCGGCGCAUCGGCGGAGAUAGAUCGCAUCGACCAGUCUGCAACAAAGCAUUUUCUCAACUCCAGGUGAAACGCCAGUGCAAAAGGGAGCUCCAGAAGGCAGAUCAAAAUGGCCGCGAAGCCUGAUGAUAAGAGCACGGAUAUUCCGGAUCGCCUGUUUGACUCCAAUAAUCGAAAGACCUACAAGCGCCUGCGGUUUUUCGGCAAGGGGGGUUUUGCAAAAUGCUACGAGAUCAUCGAUGUGGCGACCGACGAAACAUUCGCGGGAAAGAUCGUGUCCAAGAAGCUUAUGAUCAAGCACAAUCAGAAGGAGAAGACAGCCCAGGAGAUCACAAUUCACCGCAGCCUCAACCAUCCGAACGUUGUCAUGUUCCACAGCUACUUCGAGGAUGUGCAAAAUAUCUACAUUGUGCUGGAGCUGUGCAAGAAGCGAUCCAUGAUGGAGCUGCACAAACGCCGAAAGAGCAUCACCGAGUUCGAGUGCCGCUACUACAUCUAUCAGAUUAUACAGGGCGUCAAGUAUCUGCACGAUAAUCGCAUCAUCCAUCGCGAUCUAAAGCUGGGCAACCUCUUUCUCGAUGAUUUGCUGCACGUGAAAAUCGGUGACUUUGGCCUGGCUACGCGUAUCGACUACGAGGGUGAGCGCAAAAAGACACUGUGCGGCACGCCUAACUAUAUUGCACCGGAAAUACUCACCAAGAAGGGCCACUCCUUCGAGGUCGAUAUUUGGUCAAUUGGCUGUGUCAUGUAUACGCUGCUGGUCGGCCAGCCGCCGUUCGAAACAAAGACGUUGAAAGACACUUACUCGAAGAUCAAAAAGUGCGAGUACCGCGUUCCCAGCUAUCUGAGGAAGCCGGCGGCGGACAUGGUGAUUGCUAUGCUCCAGCCGAACCCGGAGAGCCGGCCUGCCAUUGGUCAUCUUUUGAGUUUCGAGUUCCUUAAGGGUUCCAAGGUACCGAUGUUCUUGCCCAGCUCUUGUCUGACGAUGGCGCCUCGAAUCGGCAGCAACGAUACCAUCGAAGAUGCUGUGCACCGCAAGCCGCUGAUGGAGAUGAACGGAAUGAGGCCGGACGACACACGCUUGGAGUCGACCUUCCUUAAGGCUAAUCUCCAUGACGCCAUUACCGCCUCGGCGCAAGUGUGUCGCCACAGCGAGGACUAUCGCAGCGACAUCGAGAGCCUGUAUCAGCAGCUCACCAAUCUUAUCAAUGGCAAGCCGCGCAUCCUUCAAGGCAAUUUGGGCGACGAAAACACUGAUCCGGCAGCACAACCGCUCUUCUGGAUAUCGAAAUGGGUGGAUUAUAGCGACAAAUAUGGCUUCGGCUACCAGCUGUGCGACGAGGGCAUCGGCGUAAUGUUUAACGACACCACAAAGCUGAUCCUCUUGCCCAACCAGAUCAACGUUCAUUUCAUCGACAAGGAUGGCCAGGAGAGUUACAUGACCACCACCGACUAUUGCAAGUCGCUCGACAAGAAGAUGAAGCUGCUGUCGUACUUUAAGCGCUAUAUGAUCGAGCACUUGGUGAAAGCCGGCGCCAACAAUGUGAACAUUGAGAGUGAUCAGAUUUCGCGUAUGCCGCAUCUGCACUCCUGGUUCCGCACCACAUGCGCCGUGGUCAUGCAUCUAACUAAUGGAUCCGUGCAGCUAAACUUUUCGGAUCACAUGAAGCUCAUUCUCUGUCCACGCAUGAGUGCCAUUACCUAUAUGGAUCACGAGAAGAACUUCCGCACUUAUAGAUUCUCGACCAUUGUGGAGAACGGCGUGUCUAAGGACUUGUACCAGAAGAUCCGCUACGCCCAGGAGAAACUUAGGAAAAUGCUGGAAAAAAUGUUCAUCUAGAUGUAGCCGGCGGCCUGUCAACAAGCUAAACUUUCCACAAACUAACACGAACACUCCCUAAAAGCGCACACACACGUUUUAAAAAUUUAGUAAUUUCUGUUCGAAGUUAUUUGAUUGUUCUAUGUUUUAUAUUUAGAGUUUAUUUGUUUUCCUCAGUUCAGAACGUGGUUUUAGUUCAUCUAUUUACAUAUAUGUUUAAUGUUCGUCACACCCAAUCACUUAAUAAACCUACAACAAAACGCAUUCAUAUGAUUAUGUUAAGCAAUGGUGAUUCGAGCACCGUACCAUUAGCAUUACGAUCAAAAGUUUAUCCAGUUGACUGAUCAUUCAAUAAAGCCAUUUUAAUUCUGGAGAUAAA